AUGUCGUCUGGAUAUGGCUUAACCGGAGGACCUUCGCGCUGCUUUCCCUUCUGGCAGGAAGUCCUUGCCUGCUACGUCGUCAACACAAACGCCGAAGACGACUCCGGCAAGUCCAAGUGCCAGCCACCAUUGCAGGAUUACUACGAGUGCUUGCAUCACCGCAAAGAGGCAUCCAAGAUCCUCGCCCUGCAAGCCGCAUACCGAAAACGCGAAGCCGCGACACCCAGAGACAAUGCGCCAAGCGCUGGCGAGAUCAGAAGUCUAGGAUUGUUGGAGGCGAGUGAUGCGGAGAAGCAUGUCAAGCAUGGAGAUCUGCUGCCCAGAUAUGCGGAUAACAACCCCAAGGGUGCUCCUGCAUAG